UCAUUGAUCAUUGUUUUUGACUGAACUGUCACUCGUUGUUGCGAGUGUUGGUGAGUGGAUGGCGGUGUGGUGUGUCCUUGGCCCGUUGAUACUGCUGGCCGUGGCAGAGCAGACUGAACCUCCCCUCUGGCCUGGGAACUCCUGGACUGGCCUUGGCAGGGGAAUACGUGACUGAACUGUAGAUGCAGUAUGUGUUUAUAGCUGCUAUUCACAUUCCCCUCUGUCGGACACGCCGAUCGAGGGGAUGACGAGCAGUCGAAUAUACGGACGAAAAGACGCUUGCUCUUCAGCAUCCAUGCGGUUUUCCCGACAAUCACAGCCCGAUAGGAUGUCCGAGGUCAUGUGACGGGAAGCGCAGCGUAUUUCAGCUGAACGCGAGCUAGGAUAGUCGGGAAUCGCACAUCCAGGAGUCAUUCCCGGCAUGGGGGACAUGAAGACCCCAGAUUUUGACGACCUGUUGGCAGCGUUUGACAUUCCUGACAUCGAUGCCAAAGAUGCCAUCCAGUCGGCUCCGGAUGAGUCAGAAGGACCUCAUGGAGCAGCAACAGCUCACCUGGGAAAGACAGACGGCUCAGCAAUUAGACCGCCCAGCCCUGCAGAGUCUCAGGUGGACACGUCGAUUGUUAGUGUGAUUGUUAAAAACAAAGUCCGAGUGGAAGCAGUGGAUGGUGAUGUCGACCAUGACCAGGAUGCCAUUGACGUGAUCGCUGGGGUGGAUGUGGCCUCUCGGUUAGGCGCAUCACAAGCAGACGACGCCACAGCUCUAAAUCAAAAUGGUUUCGUGGCUUCCUGUGGCCCUGCAUCACUUUCACAGUCCAAUGGUGCCCCAUGGUCCAUGGACCACUCAAAGAUGGAGGCUAAGGCUCAUAAACAAAGCGGGAUUUUCAACAAGCUCAAACCACUAUUGGGGCAAGGCUCUGGAGAUCCAGUGGGCCGGUCAAGGAAGAUGCAACUCCUACAUCAACAGGAUGUUGGCCAUGAUAGAGCCGAUGGGGUCAAAGCUUCAUUGCCUUUAUCGUCGUCAUCACUGUCGGCUGGUUCCUCAUCUGGAAUUUCAUCGCCGUUUUUCCCUCCUUCCAAGUCUCUUCCUGCUCCUCCUCCAUCUCUUUCAUCACAGUCCACGCACUCGAGUCAACCUUUUAACGGCGCUCCUAAAGUGAGCCCUGCUGGGUUUCAGCUCCAGCUGCUGGAAGAGGAUGAUUCUGAUCCUGACUUGGGGAGUCCACUGGUCAUCCAAGAGAACACAGGCUCGCCCGCUUCUUCACAACUUUGUUUUAAGGCAGACUCAACGUUGACUGCGCCUCACCCCAAACACAGCAACAGUCCCCUGGCGGCUGCACUGACAUCUUCCGCUCUCCCGCCAGGCUCUGCAGUUUCUGACCUUCCUCAGCAGGAGGACAGACAUCCAGAACAUGUCAUAGAGGAGAGAGACUCUCCUGAGAGUCCUGAACCUGAAAUGCCCAAAGCUCAGGCAGCAGCUAAGAGAAGUUUGAGCCCUGCCGUGGCCUCGACUCCACCAUCCUCGGAAGUGCUGGAACCCAAAGAUGUGGAGGAGAUGGAUGUGGGCAAUGGCAUAGAUGGUGAUCUUAUUGAUGGUAAAAAAGAAGAAUCGGAGGGAGCAAGUGAGGACAAGACUGAGAUGGACGAAGACAAAACCAAGUUGUGUGAAGAUUCUGUAGGCAUGGCCCCAGUUGUGACAGGUGCCGCCGCCCGGCCUCUGAAGGUCCGAAUUAAAACAAUUAAAACGUCAACUGGUGGAAUAACAAGGACCGUGACUAGAGUGGCACCUAAAGGUGGGGCUGCAGGGAAGGCUUCAGAUGUCAGGUCUCAAUCGUCUGAGCGCAAAGCUGCUUCGAACAAAACCCCCAAAACAGAGUCCACCUCGCAGCAGAAGGUCAGUGCUCUCAAUGCUCUUCCGGUGUCCACUCUGGCAGCCAGCAGCGUGAUGCUAGCCGCUGCAACCAAAGUGCAGAAUAAACUGGCAGCAUCAGACAAAGCAAAGAUAUCUGCCACCGCAGUCAACAUCACAAAAUCCGCCGCACUGCCUGCCACCCCUGCUGUAGCAUCAUCUCCCAAGUUUUCUGUAGCUGCAGGUGGUAUCAGUGUGCGAACAGGUGCUAAAGGCACAGCAAAUGGAGGAAGCCUCCAGCCCAGCAAGCCAGCCUCUAUCGUCAACAGCACCGGCGCCGUCAUCUCUCGAAGUCAGUCCAGCUUAGUGGAGGCUUUUAACAAAAUCCUCAACAGUAAGAACCUUCUGCCCAGCUACAAGCCCGACCUGUCUGCUCCCCCACCUCCCGAGUGGGGUCUGCCACUUCCAGCGACGGGGUACCGUUGCCUGGAGUGUGGCGACGCCUUUGCCCUGGAGAGAAGCCUCGCUCGCCACUACGACCGACGCUCGCUUCGCAUCGAGGUGACGUGUAACCACUGCGCCAAGAGACUGGCUUUCUUCAACAAGUGCAGCCUGCUGCUUCAUGCACGAGAGCACAAAGAGCGAGGACUGGUCAUGCAGUGCUCACACCUGGUCAUGAGGCCUGUCACCGUGGAGCAGAUGAUCGGACAGCAGGACAUCACUCCCAUCGGUGGGCUGCUCACCUCCACCUCUCCGUCCUCCACCACUGGAACUUCUGCUGUCUCUGAGUCCUCCUGCUCACUGAAGGACGGUACCACUCCGGCUGCUCAGACCCGACCGGUGCGACGGGCCCCUCAGGGUCCUCAGGCACUAAUGCCACUUCCUUGUAAAAAGGCAGAGGGACUCCAGUACAAUAACUUCAAAUGUUCAGAAUGCCAAACCCAAUUCUCUGGCAAAGCCGAGCUGGUCUCUCACUUCCAGCAGAUCCGAGCCGUGCCAAACUCGACGUGCACGCAGUGCUCCCCUCCUAUGAUGCUGCCAAAUUCCUGCGCGGUGUCGGCCCACCAGAGGAUCCACAAGCACAAGGCUCCUCACGUGUGUCCGGAGUGUGGCGGUGUUGCUAAGCAGGCCAGUUUCCAGACACAUCUGGACGAAGCCUGUCUGCAUUUUGCCAGGCGCAUAGGCUACAGGUGCUCCAGCUGCCAGGUGGUGUUUGGAGGCUUGAACUCCAUCAAGUCUCACAUCCAGACGGCUCACUGCGAGGUCUUUCACAAGUGCCCCAGCUGCCCCAUGGCCUUCAAGUCUUCCCCUAGUGCCCAGAGCCACAUCAGCACGCAGCACCCGGCAGUCACCGGAGGACAGGCCAAGAUGAUCUACAAGUGCGUGAUGUGCGACACAGUUUUCACCCAGAAACCUUUGCUGUACAUGCACUUCGACACUCACCUGGCCAAGCAGAAGGUCCACGUCUUCAAGUGUCCAGACUGCACCAAGCUCUACGCCCAGAAAGGGUCCAUGAUGGAGCACAUAAAGACGGCUCACAGAGGCCCAGCGGUCAAACCAGAUACCCCAGCUGACAACCCAACACUCCCACCGGCAGCCGCAAACCCCUUAGGCCCCAAAAGCAAGUCCACUGGCAAAACGGAGAACUCUGACGGGGAAGACUGGGGACGGGAACAGGAGGAUGAAGACGAUGAGGAAGAUGAGGAUGAUGACGCGGACGACGACUAUGAGGCUCCUGGUAGUCAGUCUGCUUCAGCCGGGAGUAGCAGCGCCCAGACAGACUGGACCUGCCCUCAGUGUCAGACCACCUUCACCGACAAUGACGACUAUCUGAGUCAUGUCAAGUUGGAACAUGGGAAGUUUCCGUGUCGUAUCUGCGGCGGCACCUUCAGCACCUCCUCCAGCCUGAGGAGACACGAGCGAGUCAUCCACGAGGGCAAUAAACAAGUCUUCCACUGCCAAUUCUGCACCGAAGGCAAGCGCACCUUUGGCAGUCGGUUCCUGUUCGACAAACAUAUUCGGCUUCAUCACAGAUCCUCAGACGGACAGGGUGUUCCUCAGACCAGGAAGCGAGCGUCUGGGGGCGGAGAUGGUCCCAGCAGCUCCUCGGAGCAGGACGGUGAGAGUGGACUUCCUGCGAGCCGAGUGGGUGAGGAGGAGGAGCACUCUGCAGAGGACGGUGAAGAAGGUUCUGGCCCAGCCAAGAGAACCAGAGCCUCCGUGACGCCACUGACGACGAACGAACUAGAAGAAGAAAGCGUUUUCCGCUGCAUCCCCUGUGGCUUUUCCACGGAGGACCCGGCGGAGUUUCAGCGGCACAUCCCGCAGCAUCGUGGCGACACGGCUGCCUUCCAGUGCCUGCAGUGCGGCGUCUGCUUUGCCUCGGCCGGCUCUCUCGGCCGGCACCGCUUCAUCACGCACCGCGUACGGGACAGCAACAGCAACGCAGAUCGGAGUGCACCGCGUGCUCACGCCUCCCCGGACGGCUCGCCCGCCGCCUCCCCGAUGGCCCUGGGGGAGGACGGGGAUGGGAACUUGACCUGCAGGGUGUGCGGCCGCCGCUUUGACAAGGCAGCGGACCUCAACACUCACUUCAGGACCCACGGCAUGGCCUUCCUGACCGCACACAAGACAGACAAGCCCCAGUAGAAGAGGAGGGGCUGCACAGAGCCUGACUGAAGAAUGUUGAUCCCCUUACGCUACAUGAAGUUACUGUAUCUAUGGCACCUAUGUGUGUGAGACUGUAAAUGCAUGUUUGAUCUGAAAACUGAACCUCCACUCCAGAAGCAUCUAUCCUCACUGUAUCUUCAUCAUCCCCGUCGUCUCACUCUCCAGCCGUCCUCAUGCUCAUCGUCAGAUCGACUCCAUGAGGAGUGUUGGGCUCCACGCCGCUCUCGCUAUCUACAAGAGAAUCAAAUGUCCACAAACACUUGGGAACAGGGAAAGCCGCCUUGAAAAGCGUCUAAAAUCACUGAGGGUGAGUGCAGUUUGACAAGCAAACAUGUAGUGUGCAGGGAACGUCAGUCCACAGAUGAAGCUGAUGGUCCGACGCCUCUGAACCCAACGUCGAUGUUGCUACGAUAAUAUUUAUUAAUAUGAAAUACUGCUGCUGGUGUUGUGAGUUGAUGUGACGAUGAGGCUGAGGUCGUGGCCGCCUCGUGUAGUGUGAACAUUUGUGACGUGACUAAAGCUAGUUGGGAGCUGAAGCAGAUUAGAUUACGUGUUAAGUUUUACAAUGUAAAUAAAUAUAACGACACUACGAGAAAGCAUCCGGAGUUCUCGCUCAGUUUGUGUGAAUACAUAUGGUAUUUGUAUCGUACUGAUAAGUUAAGAGGAAAAAAGAGACCCGCCCAAACCCCACGCGCUGUACCCGCGGAGCAGGAGGGGCCGUAUCGUCUUAAGUGUCUGGAAACAAAUGUUUAUCUGAGAUUUUCUAACCUGCACACUGAGUUCUGGCUGUUUGUUUUGUACACCUGGCAUCGGCCUUCUGAGUCACAGGAUGGAGGUGGAUGCAUUUUAUUUGUAUCUUUUUAUAUAUGUCCUAUUUAUAGAGAUCACUAGUGAAGAUUUCAGUGUCAUCAUGGUCUGCUUGCUGAACCGCCAUACACUUUUGUGCUGUUUUAAAAUAAAUGUGUAAAAGAGACCCUGGACCACAGAGUCUGUGUCGAGUCCACUCAUACUGUCUGGACUGUAAGGAGCGCUCAAAAGUCUGACGAAGCUUCGUGAAGCCUCGUGUCCAUUACUCAGUUGGUAGCACUUGUGGUUAAAAAAAUGUUUACAUUGUAAUUGUUGCUCAAUGGUAGAACUUGUGGAGCAGUGAGUGCCCUUGUAUGGGUCAUGAAAAGAGGUUCCAUGAAGCUUCAGGCCAUCACUACAUAAAAGUAACUGGAUGAAUGC